AUGGGCUUUGACGGAGGAGGCGGUGCGCACAUGGACGUCGUCGACACUGUGUUGUGGUACGGGUUCUGCCCUAUGGAAGGUCGAUGCGUGACGGGCGGUAUGCUGCAGGAACGGGUGGCUAGCGAGGCGGAUACGGAGUUUGAGCCAGCAGGAGAGGUUGACAGGCGGCGUUCGCUUAUCUCAUCGGAGCCGAAUGAUUAUGGUGGUGGUGUUGAUGAUCGUAGCGCACUAGGCUCAAGGGACAUGAGGCGGCCAAGCAUCGAGGAUGCCCUUGACCAGACCAAGGACAAGCGAGAUCGCUUGAGAACUAAGGCCGGUGGCCCGGUGGUGACGGGCGAGGCGUCGUGCAAGGAGUAA